AUGGAAGAGAGAAAAGGGAGGAGAAUACUCAUGUUCCCUGUACCGUUUCCGGGACACUUCAACCCAAUGAUCCAACUCGCCGGAAUAUUCCACCACAUUGGCUUCUCCGUCACAAUCCUCCACACCUCCUAUAACGCUCCCGAUCCUUCUCGCCACCCACACUUCACUUUUCGAACCAUCCCUCACAACAACGAAGGAGAAUCAGAAGAAGAAGACCCUCUGUCUAAGUCACAAACUUCAACGAUGGAUCUAGUCUCCCUCAUUCGUGUACUGAAACAAAAGUACGCACAGCCUUUUCGUAAGUCUCUAGCGGAGGAAGUAGGCGGAGGAGAGACGGUGUGUUGUUUGGUCUCCGACGCUAUAUGGGGGAGGAGGGCAGAGGAUGCGGCGAAAGAGGUUGGAGUUCGUCGAGUGGUGUUGAGGACAGGUGGUGCAGCGUCGUUUUGUGCAUUUGCUGCUUUCCCUCUCCUUAGAGAUAAGGGUUACUUCUCCAUACAACAAAAUACUAGAUCAGAUGAUCCAGUGAUAGAGCUUCCACCUCUAAAAGUGAAGGAUCUUCCUGUCAUAGAAACGAACGACCCGGAGGAACUAUACCGAAUAAUUAACGACAUGGUGGAAGGAACCAAGUCUUCCUCAGGAGUCAUAUGGAACACAUUCGAAGAUCUUGAAAGACCCCAACUCAUGGAGCUGAGCAGCAACUAUCAAGCUCCCUUCUUCCCGAUCGGACCAUUUCACAAGCAUUGCGACGAUCUUCCAUCGAAGACAAAGAACAAAGAAGACUAUGAAAUAACCUAUUGGCUAGACAAGCAAGAUCCGAAGUCAGUGAUCUAUGCGAGUUUUGGAAGUCUUGCAGAUAUAGAAGAAAAGGAGUUUCUCGAGAUUGCUUGGGGUCUAAGAAACAGCGAACAGCCGUUCUUGUGGGUGGUUAGGAUGGGGUCGGUCCGAGGGACCGAGUGGCUUGAGGCAUUACCUACUGGGUUUAUGGAGGGCAUUGGACACAAGGGAAAAAUUGUGAAAUGGGUGAAUCAAUUAGAGGUAUUGGCGCAUCCUGCGGUUGGAGCGUUUUGGACGCAUUGUGGAUGGAACUCGACGCUAGAGAGCAUCUGUGAAGGUGUUCCAAUGAUAUGUACACCGUGUUUCACUGACCAGCGUGUCAACGCAAGGUACAUUGUUGAUGUAUGGCGAGUUGGGAUGGUUUUAGAGAGAAGUAAGAUGGAUAAGAGAGAGAUUGAGAAGGUGGUACGUAGGGUAAUGAUGAUCGAGAAAGAAGAUGGGAUAAGAGAGAGGUGCUUGGACUUCAAGGAGAAGGCCAAUAUUUGCUUAAGUAAAGAUGGGUCUUCAUCCAAGUAUUUAGACAAUCUUAUAAGUCAUGUCUUAUCUUUUGAUUCAUAUGCUUUAGCAAGUUAG